UUAUACAUUGAUUUGUUCUUUUUUACUUCAAAAGAUUGUACAAUUUACAGCAUUUUUCUGUGAAAUUUACAUAAACUGUCUGGUUAGAGCUUUUACAGUUUUUCCCUGUAUAUAGUACGGGAAGUUACUGUUAACCUAUUUACAAUUUUUUUUUUUUUUUGUCCGUAGCAUUUUUACAAUAUUAUAUUGUUAAAAACACAUUCAAUUUUAGUGUACUAAUAGCACACUUGAAUAACUUCUUUUUCAUAAAGAUUAAUGGUUGAAGAUCUCAGUUAUGAUGACUAUCUACUGUACACUGUAAACAGUGAAUAUGGACAGCUGUUGUUUCCUACUUUUCUACUGAUUGUGAAACUUAAAAAUGAAGAUUCUUACUGUUUCUGUUGAGACAUUUGUGUUUUCUGUCUUUUUGAUUCUCGUGGUUAUCAUGAAACAGAAGAUAGUCUUUGCUUGCCUGUUGUGAGGUAUAUUCAAGUGAAACAGCUUCUCGAACAAGAAAAAAUGUUGGGCGGGACUUUAUUUUAUCCAUGGGGAAUUGAUUGGAUGGUUGUAGUUUGCUAUUGGUUGAUGUUGCGUAAGUGACAGGUUGGGCGGGACUUUAUUUUAUCCAUGGGGAAUUGAUUGGAUGGUUGUAGUUUGCUAUUGGUCGAUGUUGCGUAAGUGACAGGUUGGGCGGGACUUUAUUUUAUCCAUGGGGAAUUGAUUGGAUGGUUGUAGUUUGCUAUUGGUCGAUGUUGCGUAAGUGACAGGUUGGGCGGGACUUUAUUUUAUCCAUGGGGAAUUGAUUGGAUGGUUGUAGUUUGCUAUUGGUCGAUGUUGCGUAAGUGACAGGUUGGGCGGGACUUUAUUUUAUCCAUGGGGAAUUGAUUGGAUGGUUGUAGUUUGCUAUUGGUCGAUGUUGCGUAAGUGACAGGUUGCCCCGCCCUUGUGCCAGAGAGGGAGGGGAAGUUAUUUUGAAUAAAGAUUACAUGAAUGUAAAAAGUAAUGAUGUGCACCGAUAAAUCAUUUAUAAUGAAUACUGCAGUAUUCCAUUUAAAAAUAAGAGUUGUCUUUUUUGAUUUAAUGGUGACUUUAAAGUUGGACGCUGAAUGCCUCGCGCUCAACAGACAGGCCUACAACAUAGUUACAGAGGUAAAAAUACAUGUGAACUCUUACAUCAGUGAGCAUAGAGUAUUUUAGGCUCUUGACUCUGAGUGUUGGUGUCAUUUUCAGUCUGAAGCGCAGUAAGCUAAUGGAUAACUCCAAUAUGCAGUUCACUAGCUUAGUUUAGAAAAGAAAAAAUAAUGUAGAGUGAGAAUUUAUAACCUGAGGGAUGUACAGUAGUUGAGAGGAUACCAUACUAUUUUCAGUGUGAAAUCGGCGCCUCCGGAGAAUGACAGGCUGACCUUGUCGUCCUUUAUUGACAUGGAAGGGACAAAUGCGCCCGGCGCAGAGAGCGCAGGCUGGGCAGCGGAGGAGAUGGCAGAAAUGGCUGGUUUCGGAUAAUAAAUAGUGUGUUUUUUUAUGGGGGACUGUAACCGCAAAUAGUUUUAAAAAAAGAAAAAGAGAGAGGCUGUUAUUCGUGACUGAAAGAUGUGGAAUGCGUUUGGAAAUGGAUCAAGCGGGUAUGUGAGCAAGGCGCAAGGCUGGGAGUUCGUCCCGUGCUCUCGUCUCGAGAGGCCGGGUAAGAAGGUCCAGAGUCCCGCUCGGGUUCGAUCGUUCCCGAGCAACCUUCUGGAGCAGCUUCCACCUGGACCUGCUGCUGCAUCCGAUGCGCCUCGCGAACAAACCCCGAGCCAGGAGCUACAAAGUCCACACACACGCCUAAAAAAGAAAUUCGAGGACUUAAAAAAGCGCUACGAUCACGAGAAAGAGGAGUGGAGAAUGGAGAAGGAAAUGCUUUUGAGACAAGUUGCUGAUAUUCAAGGUGGAGAGAACAGAAGGAUAUUGUUGGAUCUGAAGUGUGUUUUAGAGGAGGUGCAGUCGGGGGUGAAGCGUGAAGAAAGUAAACGGGGUGAGCUGGAGCUGCAGUACAUUCAGGAUCGAUGCGCGUGGGAACUGGAGCGAUCAGAGCUGAAAAGGCGCAUUACUCAGCUAGAAGUGCGGGGAUGUAGCGUGUUGGUGGAGACUGUGAGGAGUGAAGAACCAGGGGACACUCUGAAGCGGGAAAGAGCGGAACAAAAGAGGCUGCUGGCAGACACUCACAGUGCAGCGAUGGACCUCCGCUGUAGGCUGGAGAGCAGUGAGAGGGGCUGGGUGAAGGAAAAAUCUGAGCUGCUGGAACGCUUUGAGACUGAGAGGAAGGAGUGGGAGAACCAGCUCAUGGAUAUGCAGCGGAAGAUUGAGGAGUUGUACAAUGAAGUGAAGGCUCACCGUACAGGAAGUUCUCUCAGACCAAUUACUGAUGGACAAAAUGCACUAAGGCUCAGUUCUGCCAGCACUUUGUCAAGUGAAGUAACCUAUCCCUCAGAUGCCCAGAGCAAUGAAUAUUCUGAGGCUCUAAUCCAGCAAAGCAAUGCCAGCAUCGACUCCCAAACAAGUCAACUCAGUCACAUCACCAGUGAAUCCAGUGACCAGUGCAACAGCGAGCAAAGCACACUAUUAAAUCAGCAAGGUACUGGUGAACAACAGGCUAUAGACACUGCAGAGCUGGAAGAAAUCCUGGAAAGCUGUUUAAAAUUGAAAAUGGGGAACAAGACCUGCUUUACUGGACAAGAUGUCCUCCUUAACCCUUUCAAAAGAUUUCAGAGCAUGGAAAUAACCUGUGGAAUUGAGAAAAAGAAGAACAGUACUGCCCUUAAUGCGGCACUCAAGGAAAUUGCCCGUGUGAGUGAAGAACUCUGUAGCUACCAGGAUGAAAUGAGGAAGUGGCCUGAUAUUAAGAGAAGCCGCAGUGAGUCUAUGUUUUUUCCGAGAGAUGCUGAGUUGGUGGAGAGGGUAAAGGAUAAUUUGGAAAUGGAGGACACAGUUUUGUAUUUGAGAAACAUGAGUGAAGACCUCAAAUCCCUCGAUGAGCAAUACUGGAUGAACUGGGAAAGUUGUAACAUGGAAUCACAGCAAAGUGAUGCUAAGCCACCAGAAAACAUAAGACAACAAGCCCCACCCAUACCAACCCGUAGUACAUCUUGGUACCUUAGCAGUCCUUCAGCUUCAGAAUUAGAGUCCAGUGGUACAGAGCAUUUGUGCCAACAGCUAGGAACCCAUCCAGACAGAAAAUACACCAGCCCCGCAAUUGUACGAAAAUUUGAGGCAAUGCUUCAAGAAAAUGAGGGGAAAAUUCUGACCGACUCUGGGAAUGUAGUCUGUAGCGUGCCUGUCGAUUCCAAGUGCAAUAUCAGUUGCUGCCAGAGCCGCUGGUCCUGUGAUGGAAGUAGAUUUGGCAGCAACAAGUCAUCCAGAUAUGUACCUGUUAAGAGAUGCCUCUCCAACAUUGACAUUGCUGCUGCAGCCACAGAUCGCAGCCUAAACCAAACAGAUGCCGAGAGCAAAAAUGAUCUCAAGAGUGCAUCUCAUCCCAUGAACAUGCCUACAGAUUCUGUUGCAUCAAUAGACUUUAUUUCGCCAUAUCCUAGCGAUACAGCUACUUCCAGAAAUGAGAGACUUGAGCAGAAAACUGCAGAGUUUAACCGUACUCUCUUCCAGGCAGGAAUGGGUCUUCGGUGUGGUGAGGACACUUCUAUGAAUGUUUCUACUGAUCGUUCUCCAAGUCUACCAGAGGUUGUAUCAGAGGACACAUUUACAGAGAGCCCAUCAAUGUAUGUUGAAGACAAUCUAAAGAUUGUGCUCUCGGAUCUUGUGCCACAGUGCCCAAAGGAGGAGGGAAGAAAGAAGGAAACAAAGGACCUUGUCUCUAAGUCUUCAUCUCCACAGCAGGAAUGUAUUCUACAAGAAGACAUGGAAGUUAAACCUUUCCAGACUGAACACACUACACCAACUUCAGUUGACCCAUUUGGCCCAAGUGUUAGAGAAAAAGGUUUUGAAAUUAGUGUAAGUCCACCACAGCUGCAAAUCCAGACGGAAAGGUGCAGCAAAGUUGUGGAUGUUAGUACAGAUCAACAUCAAGCAGUCAAAAAAUCCAAACAGGCAAAAAAGGACAUGUGUAGUAGCACCAGAUCUCGUAUUUUAGACGAAAAUCCAUGGAAGCCAUCUACACUAGCAGCCUAUCCUCGUCCAAUGGAGUCUAGGUCCAACUAUGGAGCUGUUGAGAGGAUUCUCAAAAGUUACGAGGAUUUGGAGAGAUCUCGGGAGCAGAAGCAGUCACAGCCCAGUCCAGGGAAGGAGGAAGACCUCAUUGACCUCUUGGAAAUGUUGGAUAAGCGACAUGAGCCCACAUCCAGUCAGAGACUAACACACACACCGCACCACCAGGUCAUAGCCCACAAAGAGACACAUGUAACAGUGCAGCAAGGCAAAGAGUCCUCUGUAACUAUCAAGAAGAGCUUUUCACGACCUGUGUGUCCUGCAAAGAGACGUUUGCCCUCUCGUUGGGCUAGCCGCUCGUCCGUCUCAUCUGCAUCAUCUCCCUCACCCCCACCCACAGUCUUCACCCAGCGACAAACACUCACCUACUCCACCUAUCACACAGAGACAGUGAUCUAAACGGCCGUUAGAUGCAGUCCAAUGCCUUUACAGCUGUAAAUGUUGCCUGAUUACCUGUGUAAAUAAACACUGUGACUGUUCAAAUGAUUUUGUUGUGUACAUUUCCAUAACCAUGAACUCAAACUGCCUUUUUCAUUCUUUUGUUUACAUUUCAUUUCUACCAGUGUGUCUUAAAAGUGCACAAAUGAUGUUUUCUGUUUUCAUAAACCAUUAUUUUUUAUAGCUGUCAAUGUAGAUCUGCUUUACAUGUGGCCUCGUGUGUGUGUGUGUGUGUGUGUGUGUGUGAGGUCUGAUGUCUGAUUGAUAAUAUCAAAGUCUGUUUCACAUCAAAUCCGUUGUUAUACUUUUACCAACUUUAACCAAAAUGACUCGUUAUUACAGAAACGAACAGAUUCUACGCUCAGUUUACGUGUUUAUCUGAUGUGAGACAUAUCAUUGAGACAAUGCCUUUGCAGUUCUUUUUCUUGUUAAUUAAUAUCACAAGUGUAUUCAUCAUUUAUAAAAAUAAAUAAAAUACUGACACUC